AUGUUAUUUGGUCAAUUAGGGGUGAGUAGGGCCGCGCUUCAGGAGGAAAAUGCACGGCGGAAGGACUUCUUUACGCUUCUCUACCUUGUUCAGAGGCGUCUGUACUCGCCGACAAAUGUUGAAUGGCGACUUAUGGAGCAUUGUUUAGAUGACAUCAACAACAAGUAUGCUGAUUUUUCGUUUUUAGUGGCCUUUUCGGCGUCACUGGCGCUUCGCAACCGAAAAGGGUGUUCUUUUCUGUCUCGCUAUCGGCUUCCCCUUUACAUGGGUCUCGUGGGCUACGAUACCGGUCUGCGCACAAGCAACCCGUGCCCCACUUUGGCCUUUUGGAACUGUGUAACACUCUUUGAAGGCCCGUUGGGGGAGACGGCGCGGGUACUGCAUGCCCCGAGUUGUUUUUACGAGGUGAAGGAGUAUCCGAUGAAUAACAGGGACGCUAGCUUGUCGUACUUCUCUUGGCUGUGGAACAAUGGCAAGUUUGUAGCACAGUCGUUUUUCUUGAGGUCUCUACUACAUUCUAUUUUUGAUCAGUCGUCCUGGAAACAAACGAAUGGGGACAUAACCGUGACAACCCUUGUUCUCAAUAACCGUUUCUUUAAGUGGUGCGUCUUUAGAUAUCAAACAGCAGUGUCAGGUGGACAGGCGAAGUACUGGAUGAAGAUUGGCCUUCCUACAUUUAACGGUCAGUUGGGCCUUCGUUGGUCGUACCGUAGUCGUGAGUUGAUUCUUAAGCGGGCCUCGUUUGGAGGUCAGUUAUGGUACAGGGCGCAUUUUGCAUUGAUGCAGGUGUUUGGGUUGCAUGAUGGACCCCGCGUGGGGUGA